AUGAUUCAUCUCCACGUGUUUCAGCGUUGUUCCCCCAUUUUGUUAUUGUUCAGCGUGGCCGCAGCUACGCCUCUGAUCUAUUGGGACGUCGACAGCUCUGCUGACAUUGAUACUCCAGCUGCGAUUCUGCGCGGGGACAGGGGUCUUCCUGUGACGCAGUACAGCACUGGAUUCAAUGGCAAUGCCACGAACAUCUAUGGAGGCAGAGGCCGGAUGCCACACUUUCAGGGUGCUACGCCGAUUAAUGGAGGCAUCCCGCAGCAUGGCAAUUUGAGCGAGCACAUUGAAUAUUACGAGCGAGACCUCGCCGCCCUGAUUCCCAAGGAGGACUUUGUUGGCGUGUGUCUUAUUGAUUACGAGUUUUGGCGGGCAGAUUGGAACAGCACGCCAGGCGUUUACCGCACUAAGUCCAUUGAGGCUACUGGGGGUGACGAGGUGCUUGCAAAGGCCGAGUACGAAGAGGGCGCACGUCUUUUUAUGCUUGCGACCAUCAAUGCGACGAGGAAGGUGCGCCCUGGAUGUCAGAUUGGAUGGUACGGGUAUCCAACGAAUCAUCUUCCGUUCAUCCCUAGCGUGAGCUACACGAAUUGGUGCAGCUGGCCCCAGAAUGUAGGUGCUUGCUUCUUCGAAGGGUACGAUACACCCUCUGGCGAAGCGCAACGCAUGCUGAACGAUGAAAUCCUGUGGUUGUUUAAAGCCCUGGAUGUUCUGACACCGUCUGUCUAUCUGGGUAUUCUGCCAGAUCAGACGACAUACGACGAGAGCCGUGCAUACGUAAACUCGACUGUGCUCGAGGCGGUCCGCCUAGCAGCCGCGAGUGGAGGCAAGAGUGUGGUACCGGUGACAUGGUAUAUGACGAACAAUUAUCGAAGACGAUUGGCAGUACGGUCCUCCUGCGCCGAGGGAGUUCUUGAAUCUGGAGGACUCGCGGACCGAGUUCCAGCUGCCUUUUGCCGCGGGAGCGGAUGCGAUCCUCCUGUGGGGCGCCGUCAACGAAGUGCACAACGCUUCAGCUCUUCAAGAGUAUGUCGAUACAACUCUGUCAGUUGUAUUGGCAGAGAUGGAGGCCCAGACUCCAGCUCCUUCGCCCAGCGUGACGACAGCCCCUACGCCUGCGGGCCCUAG